AUGCCCCCCAGACGUAAGGCUCCCGCCAAUGCGGCCGCACCUCGAGCGAAGAAAGCUAAGACAGAGUCAGUUGAUCUUCCUUCCCGCACCCCAAUUCCUCGUGCCCCAUACGCCGAUGACUUCCUGGAGGAUGCUCGUCGUGAUGGUAUCGACGUCAACAGCUCAUCCGAGUUGGAGUGGUUUGCAUGUAUCUGGGCUCGGGUCAAAGACCGCGAGAAUCACUAUGCCGCCAGAAUGAUGAGUGCCGGUUUGGAGUUGCUACCACCCUCGCCGGCGCCGGACCCACCCGUCAGCUGGGUCGCAAGACAAAUUGCGGACUUGGCUGGCUUCCCAAAUGUCGUUGCGGCCGCGACCGCCCAGCCUGCCAUCAAUCAGCCUGCCAUCGGCCCGCCAGCAGACACUGAGCCAGCAAGCACCCAGUCACCAAGCACCAGUUUCUAUGGUACCGGUACCAAUGCAUCUCCUCUUGCGGCCUCCCUAGGCGCCAUAUUUGACAAAUAUUCUUCUUCCACCAACAAGGACCUCAUGCAGAUUGAAGAGGACGAGGAUCGUGGCACCGCGCGCUACAUCCGCGACGUCGGAGUUUCCUUCGAGGAACCUGCUUUGACCGCUCUGCACGAGCUUCUCGGCAGCACCUCUGUUGGCGAGUUCGAGCGUGAUGCCUUCAUCAGUGGCUGGACUUCCGCCUCCGCCACUUCCUCUAAGAUUCUUGACACUAUCUCCAAGCAAGCCAACCACAUGUCUAUUCUCCGCAAUAAGCUCGCCAGCGACCCUGCCUUUUUCAAGACCACGUACCGUGCGACCUUCAAGUUUGGCACUCAAGAAGGACAGCGCAACGUUGCCAUCGAGACUGCCACUGACUUCUGGAGACAGUUCUUCACCGCAUCCUCAGGCGGUAUUGACUGGGUGACCCCUACCUCCCCUGAGACCCCCUGGCUCGACCUCUGGCUUGAGUACACCACCAACAAGCACAAGCGUCCUGUCAACAAAGACCUCUGGAACAUGGUCGGCGAGCUGUGUCUCAAGAGCAUCGAGCCUGGUGCAGAGAAGCUGGAGUGGUGGAACGAGGACGGUGCUUGGCCCAUGGCGAUCGACGAAUUCAUGACCUGGGUGCAGACGCAGCGUCCCGAGCUCGGCAAGAAGAGUGGCGACGCCAACAACGCUACUGCUACCAACGACGAGAUGGAUACGUCCUAG